UAAAGAUUUUUGCAUAUCUAGUAGAUUUUUGAUUUCAUUUGGUGUAUUUCGCUAAUAUAAAAUGUCGGGUCAAUAUCCUGGUGGUUAUAAUAACCCACUGGCAGGCCAUCGUGGCCAAUUUAAUCCUCAACAACAACAACAGCAGCAGCAGCAACAACAAAUGAUGAAUCAAAUGCAAAUGUAUGGACAAACCGGAGCUGGAAUGAUGCCUCAAGGUAUGUCUGCUGGUGGCGGUGGCAUGGGACCCGGCGUAAUGAAUCCUGUGGGUAUGCAAUCUCCUUCUCAUGUGCAACAACAGAUGCUGCAACAACAACAAAUGCAGCAGCAACAGCAAAUGGGUGGUGUUGGUGGUCCUCAAAUGGGCGGCAUGGGAAUGGGUCAUGUAGGAAUGGGCGGAGGAGUUCCACAAUCAUCCUUAGGUGGUGGUAUGAUGCCGCAACAACCACAACUGUCGCCUGCAAUGCAACAAGUUGGCAUGCAGCAACAAUCGCAUAUGCAAAAUGUUCCUAAUCCAAACGCCAUGACAAUGAUGGCUCAACAGCAGCAACCACAAACUUCCGCACUACCACAACAACAGCAGCAGAUGAUGCAAAAUGCAGGACCACAGCAAAUGGUACCGAAUACAGUACAAUCCCAACAACAGCAAACUCAACAACAACAACAGCCUACUGGGCAACCUCAAACUUCCAAUAAUAUGCUUUCCAUAUCGCAGCAGCCACACAAAGAGAUUAACAUAGUUCAGUUGUCUCGUGUAGGCCAGGAAACCGUACAGGAUAUAACGUCACGUUUUCAAGAAAUAUUUACUGCUCUCAAAGUCAUUCAACCGACAGCAAGUCGUGAUAAUGGAACGGUCAAGAAAGUCCAAGAGCAUUUUCGUACUAUACGGUUAUUGUUUAAAAGAAUGCGUCUCAUCUACGAGCGAUGCAGUGACGGCUAUCCUCAAGGUAUGGAAUAUACGCACGUUGAAAGUCUAAUCCCAUACAAAGAUGAAACGGAACACCGCAAUUUAGAGGCCACUCAAUGUGAAGAAUAUCGCAAAGCAAUACAAGAAAACCAGGAACUUAUCGAUAUUGUGAAAUUGAAAAACCGUCAACUUCGUGAGAUAAUCGAUCGCACCCGUAUAAUAGUAUGGGAAAUAAAUACUAUGCUUAGUAUGAGAAGAUCUUAAAGAAAUUAUUGGCAUUAAUCAAUCAAAUGUGAAUUUAGGAUUAUAAGGUGUAAACAUUCAAUAAAAAUAAGCUUAAACAACUAUCAAUAAAUAAAAGAAA